GCUUCGCUCGGCUCGACUCGGGGCGCAGCGACGGCGGCGCGCGCUUCCGCCUCACGGGCUCUGGCCCGGUGCGAGCGGCCGCGGGAUGUGGCUCGGGCCGGAGGAGGUGCUGGUGGCCAACGCGCUAUGGGUGACGGAGCGGGCCAACCCCUUCUUCGUGCUGCAGCGGCGCCGAGGCCACGGCAAGGGCGGCGGCCUCACGGGUCUUCUUGUGGGCACCCUGGAUGUGGUGCUGGACUCCAGUGCCCGUGUGGCCCCUUACCGCAUCCUGCACCAGACCCAGGACUCGCAGGUCUACUGGACGGUGGCAUGUGGUUCUUCCCGAAAAGAGAUCACCAAACACUGGGAAUGGCUGGAAAACAACUUGCUUCAGACGCUGUCCAUCUUUGACAAUGAGGAGGACAUCACUACCUUCGUCAAGGGCAAGAUACACGGCAUCAUUGCAGAAGAGAACAAGAACCUGCAGCCCCAGGGGGACGAGGACCCAGGGAAAUUCAAGGAGGCAGAGCUAAAGAUGCGGAAGCAGUUUGGCAUGCCAGAGGGCGAGAAGCUGGUCAACUACUAUUCCUGUAGCUUCUGGAAGGGCCGCGUGCCACGCCAGGGCUGGCUCUACCUGACCGUCAACCACCUCUGCUUCUACUCCUUCCUGCUGGGAAAGGAAGUGAGCCUGGUGGUACAGUGGGUGGACGUCACACGCCUGGAGAAGAAUGCCACUUUACUCUUCCCCGAGAGCAUCCGUGUGGACACACGGGACCAGGAGCUGUUCUUUUCCAUGUUCCUAAACAUCGGUGAGACCUUCAAGCUUAUGGAACAGCUGGCCAACCUGGCCAUGCGACAACUGCUGGACAGCGAAGGCUUUCUGGAGGACAAGGCCCUACCCAGGCCUAUCCGGCCACAUAAGAACAUCUCAGCUCUAAAGCGAGACCUGGAUGCCCGAGCCAAGAACGAGUGCUACAGGGCCACUUUCCGGCUGCCCAAAGAUGAGAGGCUGGAUGGCCACACAGGUUGCACCCUGUGGACGCCAUUUAACAAGCUACACAUCCCUGGCCAGAUGUUCAUCUCCAAUAACUACAUCUGCUUUGCCAGCAAGGAGGAAGAUGCGUGCCGCCUCAUCAUACCUCUGAGGGAGGUGACCAUUGUCGAAAAAGCCGACAGCUCCAGCGUCCUGCCCAGCCCUCUGUCUAUCAGCACCAAGAGUAAAAUGACCUUCCUGUUUGCCAACCUGAAAGACCGUGACUUCCUGGUUCAGAGGAUCUCUGACUUCCUCCAGAAAACGCCAUCCAAGCAGACAGGCAGCAGUGCUGGGGGAGCAAAGGCCAGUGUUUCAGACCCAGCCCCAGAGUCUCUCCCAACUCCUCAGGAGGCAUCAGAGCCACCCACCAGCCCAUCCUCUCCCCUCAACAGCCCUCCAAGUUUCAGAACACAGGAGAUUCCUACUACUUCCCAGGGCCUGCUCAAAGUCUUCCAGAAGAGCUCACCCAUGGAGGACCUUGGCGCCAAAGGGGCCAAGGAGAAGAUGAAGGAGGAGUCCUGGAACAUCCAUUUCUUUGAGUACGGACGUGGCAUGUGCAUGUACCGAACAGCCAAAACUCGGGAGCUGGUCCUGAAAGGCAUCCCCGAGAGCCUCCGAGGGGAGCUUUGGCUCCUCUUCUCUGGGGCCUGGAAUGAGAUGGUGACCCAUCCUGGCUACUACGCAGAGCUAGUAGAGAAAUCCAUGGGGAAGUACAGCUUGGCCACCGAGGAGAUUGAGCGAGACCUCCAUCGCUCCAUGCCUGAGCACCCUGCUUUCCAGAACGAGCUUGGGAUCGCAGCACUCCGGAGGGUGCUGACUGCCUACGCCUUCCGAAACCCUACUAUUGGCUACUGCCAGGCCAUGAACAUCGUGACUUCUGUGCUCCUGCUGUACGGCAGUGAGGAGGAGGCCUUCUGGCUUCUGGUGGCCCUGUGCGAGCGGAUGCUGCCUGACUACUACAACACCAGGGUAGUGGGGGCCCUCGUAGACCAAGGCAUCUUUGAAGAGCUCACGAGAGACGUCCUGCCCCGGCUCUCAGAGAAGAUGCAAGAGCUGGGGGUGAUCUCCAGCAUCUCACUGUCCUGGUUCCUGACCCUCUUCCUCAGCGUCAUGCCCUUUGAGAGUGCUGUGGUCAUUGUCGACUGCUUUUUCUACGAGGGCAUCAAGGUGAUCUUGCAGGUGGCCCUGGCUGUGCUGGACGCCAACAUGGAACAGCUGCUGGACUGCAGUGACGAGGGCGAGGCCAUGACCGUGCUGGGCAGGUACCUGGACAAUGUGGUCAACAAGCAGAGCAUUUCUCCACCCAUCCCACACCUCCACGCUCUGCUGACCAGUGGAGAUGACCCUCCUGCAGAAGUGGACAUCUUUGACCUCCUGAGAGUAUCCUAUGAGAAGUUCAGCAGCCUGAGGGCUGACGACAUUGAACAGAUGCGGUUUAAACAGAGGCUGAAGGUGAUCCAGUCCUUGGAAGAUUCGGCCAAGAGAAGCGUGGUCCGAGCCAUACCAGGGGACAUCGGCUUCUCCAUGGAAGAGCUGGAGGAUCUUUACAUGGUGUUUAAGGCCAAGCAUCUGGCAAGCCAGUACUGGGGUGGUAACCGCUCAGCAGCCAUCCACCGAGACCCCAGCCUGCCCUACCUGGAGCAGUACCGGAUCGAUGCCAGCCAGUUUCGGGAGCUCUUUGCCAGCCUGACGCCUUGGGCCUGUGGCUCUCACACGCCUGUGUUGGCAGGCCGCAUGUUCCGCCUCCUGGAUCAAAACAAGGACUCACUGAUCAACUUCAAGGAGUUUGUGACAGGGAUGAGUGGGAUGUACCAUGGAGACCUCACAGAGAAGCUCAAAUCGCUCUACAAGCUGCACCUGCCCCCAGCUCUGAUCCCAGAGGAAGCGGAGUCAGCCCUGGAGGCCGCCCAUUAUUUCACAGAGGAUAGCUCCUCAGAAGCAUCUCCUCUGGCCUCAGAUCUGGAUCUUUUCCUGCCCUGGGAGACUCAAGCACUACUCCAGGAGCAGCAGGAAGGAAGUGGAAAUGAGGACACCCAAGAACGAAGAGAGGAGAAGGGGACCAGCCCUCCUGACUACCGACACUACCUUCGAAUGUGGGCUAAGGAGAAAGAGGCUCAGAAGGAAACCAUUAAGGAUCUCCCCAAGAUGAACCAGGAGCAGUUCAUCGAGCUGUGUAAAACACUUUACAACAUGUUUAGUGAAGACCCUAUGGAACAGGACUUGUACCAUGCCAUCGCCACGGUGGCCAGCCUUCUGCUCCGCAUUGGUGAGGUGGGGAAGAAGUUUUCAGCCCUGUCAACCAAGAAGCCCAAGGAUGGUGCCCACAGUGGGGGUCACAACAGUACCACAGAAGAGGAUGAGCCGCCCACACCCAAACUCCAUCAGGACCCCACACAGGAAUGUCAGCCACCAGCUGCAGGGGAUCCACAGGCCAAAGCCAGUGGCAACAUGCAUAUUGGGAGAGCAUUGCAGGACAGUCAUGUGACAGUGGAGGGAGGCAGCGGUGAGGGGCAGGGCUCUCCCUCCCUGCUUUUGUCUGAUGAUGAAACCAAAGAUGACAUGUCCAUGUCCUCCUACUCAGUAGUCAGCACAGGCUCGCUGCAGUGUGAGGACCUCACAGAAGACACAGUGCUGGUGGGGGGAGAAGCCUGCAGCCCCACCACCACCCCACGGAUGGGAGGCACUGUGGACACGGAUUGGUGCAUUUCCUUCGAGCAGAUCCUCGCCUCCAUCCUAACAGAGUCCGUGCUAGUGAACUUCUUUGAGAAGAGGGUAGACAUUGGACUCAAGAUCAAGGACCAAAAGAAAGUAGAGAGGCAGUUCAGCACCUCCAGUGACCACGAGCCCCCUGGGGUCUUGGGCUGAGCUGUGAAAUAGAAGUUGGUCUCUGUCUCCUUCCUUUUUCCCUUGCUGUUUUCUCCUCACAGACACACCUGUUCUUGGAGCAGGGUGUCGCAGAAGCAAAGAAGGUCAGAUCAGUGCAGACCCAGUUGCCUUACAGGGAUUCCCUAGGCCAGGGUGACCUCUUUCUCCCUGCACUUGGUUACCUGGAGGACCUGCUUUGAGCCUCCUGUUCCCAUAGCAUUAGAGGCUUUUGGAUCUGCCCCUGCCUGCUUCUUGCCUGUACCCUGUGCUGUGCACACACUACACUGGUUACUCCAUCUAUGGAAAGACCUACAGCCAUGUGGCCUGACCACCAAUUGUCAUUUUGCCAUGUACUUGUGCUCCAAAGGAUGCAACCUUCUAGACACCCUCUGAAGUUCUUCAACCUGAACCUAUGUCUUAGGACUGAGGAACGCAGGGGAACGUCUGUUGCAUGGGUAGGAGCCUUGCACGGUACUUCUAACUUACGAGGUCUCCAUCCCUUGCAUCAUUAACUUUGAAAGCACAUCCCUCAGGUCCUUCUCUAGUGCCCUGCCCUCAUUUUAGUUGGCUAAAAACCACACUGUGCUCAAUGCCUUAAUAAAUCCCUGAAAGAAAAAGCACACUGUUUGCAGUGCUUCCAUAUGGCUCUGAACCACCGCCUCAGUCUGCCUUCUUCCCAAAUCAGGUGUGUCACCUAGAAAGCAUUGUGGGGGUUCAGGACACUUGGCUGCCCAUUAUAGGUGGGGGAAUUACUAGACUUUCCUUGGUACACGGUAACUGUGGUCACAGGUCUUAGGCUCAGUGUCCAAAAGUGUGUGUCGUAUAGUAGCUACAUCCUCAGGCCUGAGUCAUACCAAGUUGUUAGUCUUUUGGCUCAAGAAGCAGACACACAUGGCCAGAGCAGGACUCAGCCAUGGGUUAGCCCUGGCUGUUUAGCAGGCACAGAAGUGCAUCAUAAGCAUCCAUUUGCCCAAAAGCUGUUUUUGCUUCUACUAACAAACGGAUCCUGGAACUUUUAAAAAAUGUGAUAACGCCAAGUGUGGUGGCAUGUGUAGAAUCCUGCCCUUGAGGAUGAAGUAAGACAAUUGUCUUGUUUGAGGCCAGCCUAGGCUACAUGUUGAGAUCCUGUGUCAAAAAGCCAAAAUAAAUAAGAUGACAGGUAUUAUUUAAAAAAAUACUUUAAAACUUGCUGAUUCCCAGCACACAUGUAAAAGCUGGGCAUGGUCAUGCCCAUCUGUACCCCAGUGCUGGUGACCAGAGAUGGGCAGCCUGAGAGACCCUGCCUCAAGGGAAUAACGAAGAGUGGUGAAAUGGGACAUGCUGCUCUCUAUCCACACCACCACACAGAUAAUAAAAUUUCAAAAAAGAAAA